AUGAAGCGACGGCUCCUCAUUAUCUGCCUUCUUGUUCAGCUCGUCGCAGGUCACUUCGAAAGCUCUGACUGUGGGACAGCAAAGAAAUGUCUUUUCGCACCGGCAGGAUGUGAGGAAAAUGGCGGGUGCCAUCAUAUGUUCUCAUACAACGCUAGUGAGGAUGGUUGGAUCGAUAUGGAAAUUUUUUCAAGCAAUGACAAGCCGACGAACAACUACGUAGCCAUUGGAUUCUCCGAUGACGACGAA